UUCCCCUGGCAUUUCACUGGCUCACAGAGCAAGAGACCAGACCCACAGAGAGGGGAAAACCAAGCUGCGCCUCCCCUGCUGCUGCCAGCCCAGAACUGGAACCUAGAGAGGGUGAGGGGAGAGGAAGCAAAGCAGGAGGAGCUUGGCUUUCUCUCGCAUCUGAGGACAGACUGGUUCCCUUCAAGAACCUCACAGAGAGGCAGACUGCAUCUCUGCAGCGAGCUUUUGGAGUACCACUGGCCCGGCGGCUAAGGAUGGUGAUGUCUCUGAGAGCCGGCUGCAGGGCAGCGCUCUCCCUCUGGAUUCUCAGCAGCUUCAUCUGCAGAGCCUGGACAGCUCCCUCCACGUUCCAAAAAUGUGAUGAGCCUCUCAUCUCUGGUCUUCCCCAUGUGUCCUUCAGCAGCUCUUCCUUCCUGUCCAGCAGCUAUGCACCUGGCUAUGCCAAGAUCAAUAAACGAGGAGGUGCUGGGGGAUGGUCUCCAUCAGACAGUGACCACUAUCAAUGGCUUCAAGUUGACUUUGGCAAUCGGAAGCAGAUUAGUUCCAUUGCAACCCAAGGAAGAUACAGCAGUUCUGAUUGGGUGACACAAUACCGAAUGCUCUACAGUGACACAGGGAGAAACUGGAAACCCUAUCAUCAAGAUGGCAAUAUCUGGGCUUUUCCAGGAAACGUCAAUUCUGACAGUGUGGUCCGGCAUGACCUGCAGCAUGCAGUAGUUGCCCGUUAUGUACGCAUUGUGCCCCUGGACUGGAGUGGAGAAGGCCACAUAGGGCUGCGUGCAGAAGUCUACGGCUGUGCCUACUGGGCUGAUGUUAUCAACUUUGAUGGCCAUGUUGUGUUACCAUAUCGAUUCAGAAACAAGAAGAUGAAAACACUCAAAGAUGUUAUUGCUUUGAAAUUUAAGACCUCUGAAAGUGAAGGAGUACUUUUGCAUGGUGAAGGACAGCAAGGGGAUUACAUUACUUUGGAACUGAAAAAAGCCAAGCUGGUUCUCAGCUUAAAUCUAGGAAGCAACCAGCUCGGCCCCAUCUAUGGCCACACAUCUGUGACAUCUGGGAGCUUGCUGGAUGAUCACCACUGGCACUCUGUACUCAUUGAGCGCCAGGGCCGCAGCAUUAACCUGACCCUGGACAGGAGCAUGCAGCAUUUUCGCACCAAUGGAGAGUUUGACUACCUGGACUUGGACUAUGAGAUAACAUUUGGAGGCAUCCCUUUCUCUGGCAAGCCAAGUUCCAGUAAUAGGAAGAACUUUAAGGGCUGCAUGGAAAGCAUCAACUACAAUGGGGUCAAUAUUACCGAUCUUGCCCGAAGAAAGAAAUUAGAGCCAUCAAAUGUGGGGAAUCUGAGUUUCUCUUGUGUGGAGCCCUAUACAGUACCAGUCUUCUUCAAUGCUACAAGCUACCUGGAAGUACCUGGCAGGCUUAAUCAGGACCUGUUCUCAGUCAGUUUCCAGUUUAGAACUUGGAACCCCAGUGGUCUCUUGCUCUUCAGUCACUUUGCAGAUAACUUCGGCAGUGUGGAGAUUGACCUUGUGGAGAGCAAAGUGGGUGUCCACAUAAACACUACCCUGACCAAGACAAGCCAAAUUGACAUCUCCUCAGGCUCUGGGCUGAAUGAUGGGCAGUGGCAUGAGGUUCGCUUCCUGGCCAAGGAAAACUUCGCAGUCCUCACCAUCGAUGGAGAUGAAGCAUCAGCAGUUCGGACCAAUAGUCCUCUUCAAGUGAAGACUGGCGAGAAGUACUUCUUUGGAGGAUUUCUGAACCAUAUGAACAAUGCCAGUCACUCUGCCCUUCAGCCAUCAUUCCAAGGAUGCAUGCAGCUCAUUCAGGUAGAUGACCAGCUUGUGAAUUUAUACGAAGUAGCACAGAGGAAGCCAGGAAGCUUUGCAAAUGUCACCAUUGACAUGUGUGCCAUCAUAGACAGAUGUGUGCCCAAUCACUGUGAGCAUGGUGGGAAGUGCUCGCAAACAUGGGACAGCUUCAAAUGCACUUGUGAUGAGACAGGAUACAGCGGGGCCACCUGCCACAACUCCAUCUACGAGCCCUCCUGUGAAGCAUACAAACACCUUGGCCAGACAUCAAAUUACUACUGGAUAGAUCCUGAUGGCAGUGGACCACUGGGGCCUCUGAAGGUUUAUUGCAACAUGACAGAGGACAAGGUGUGGACCAUAGUGUCUCAUGACUUACAGAUGCAGACGACAGUGGUAGGCUACAACCCAGAAAAGUACUCUGUGACCCAGCUCAUCUACAGUGCCUCCAUGGACCAGAUCAGUGCCAUCACCAGCAGCGCUGAGUACUGCGAACAGUAUGUCUCCUACUUCUGCAGAAUGUCCAGGCUGUUGAACACCCCAGAUGGAAGUCCUUAUACCUGGUGGGUUGGCAAAGCCAAUGAGAAGCACUACUACUGGGGAGGGUCAGAGCCUGGGAUUCAGAAGUGUGCCUGCGGCAUUGAGCGCAACUGCACAGAUCCUAAGUACUACUGCAACUGUGAUGCGGACUACAAGCAGUGGAGGAAGGAUGCUGGCUUCUUAUCCUACAAAGAUCACCUGCCAGUGAGCCAGGUGGUGGUUGGAGAUACUGACCGACAAGGCUCAGAAGCCAAGCUGAGCGUGGGUCCCCUGCGCUGCCAAGGAGACAGAAAUUAUUGGAACGCUGCCUCCUUCCCAAACCCAUCAUCCUACCUGCACUUCUCUACCUUCCAAGGGGAAACAAGUGCUGACAUUUCUUUCUACUUCAAGACGUUAAUCCCCCGGGGAGUAUUUCUGGAAAAUCUGGGGAACACAGACUUCAUCAAGCUGGAGCUCAAGUCUGCCACAGAAGUGUCCUUUUCAUUUGAUGUUGGAAAUGGGCCAGUGGAGAUCGUGGUGAGGUCACCUUCUCCUCUCAAUGAUGACCAGUGGCAUCGGGUCACUGCAGAGAGGAAUGUCAAACAGGCCAGUCUCCAGGUGGAUCGCCUGCCCCAGCAAAUCCGAAAGGCCCCAACUGAAGGUCACACCCGCCUGGAACUCUACAGCCAGCUGUUUGUUGGUGGUGCUGGGGGCCAGCAGGGCUUCCUGGGAUGCAUCCGCUCCUUGAGGAUGAAUGGAGUGACACUUGACUUGGAAGAAAGGGCAAAGGUCACAUCUGGGUUCAAAUCUGGAUGCUCAGGCCACUGCACCAGUUAUGGGGCUAACUGUGAAAACGGAGGCAAAUGCAUCGAAAAAUACCAUGGCUACUCCUGUGACUGCUCUAACACGGCCUAUGAUGGAACAUUCUGCAACAAAGAUGUUGGUGCCUUUUUUGAAGAGGGCAUGUGGCUUCGAUAUAACUUCCAGGCCCCAGCGGUCACUGCCAGAGACACAGGCAGCAGGGCAGAGAAUUCUGCAGACCAGCAGCAGCACUUGGCUCCAGACCUGGCCCAGGAGCAGAUCCACUUCAGCUUCAGCACUACCAAGGCACCCUGCAUCCUCCUCUAUGUCAGCUCCCUCACCACUGACUUCCUAGCUGUGCUGGUCAAGCCCACAGGAAACUUGCAGAUCCGGUAUAAUCUGGGAGGAACCAGAGAGCCAUUCAAUAUUGAUGUAGACCACAGGAACAUGGCCAAUGGACAGCCUCACAGUGUCAACAUCACCCGGCAUGAGAAGACCAUAAUUCUCAAGCUCGACCAUUAUCCUGCUGUGGUUUACCAUCUACCCAGCUCCUCUGACACGUUCUUCAAUUCUCCCAAGUCACUCUUCCUUGGAAAAGUUAUAGAAACGGGGAAAAUCGACCAAGAAAUUCACAAAUACAACACCCCAGGCUUCACAGGCUGCCUGUCCAGAGUCCAGUUCAACCACAUCGCCCCUCUCAAGGCAGCCUUGAGACAGACAAACGCCUCAGCCCACGUGCACAUUCAGGGUGAGCUGGUGGAAUCCAACUGCGGGGCCUCCCCACUGACGCUUUCCCCAAUGUCUUCGGCCACUGACCCUUGGCAUCUAGAUCACUUGGAUUCAGCCAGUGCAGAUUUCCCAUAUAACCCGGGACAAGGCCAAGCUAUAAGAAAUGGAGUCAACAGAAACUCAGCUAUCAUUGGAGGGGUCAUCGCUGUGGUGAUUUUCACCAUCCUCUGCACCCUGGUCUUCCUCAUCCGGUACAUGUUCCGUCACAAGGGCACCUACCACACCAACGAGGCCAAGGGAGCCGAGUCAGCCGAGAGCGCAGAUGCUGCCAUCAUGAACAACGACCCCAACUUCACAGAGACCAUUGACGAGAGCAAAAAGGAGUGGCUCAUUUAAGGGGUGGCUUUUCAGCCAUGGGAUAGGGAGGGAAGAGUUAAGGGAGGAGGGGGAGGGACAGCGCACCCUACGUCAUACCCCUGAGCACAUGCUUACACUAUCAGCACAAGCUGGGGAAGGCAAGCAACCCAAUACUCUUAAGACUGAUGGCCACACAAAAUAUACUUUUUAAUAUUUCUUUAUAGCUGAGUUCCCCUCCCCUGUAUCAAAACAAAAUAAUACAAAAAUGCUUUUAGAGUUUAAGCAACAGUUGAACUUUGUAGGUACUAUCUGUCUUAUUUUGUGUGUGUUUAGAGGUGUUCUAAAAACCCGUGGUAACAGGGCAAGUUUUCUACAUUUUUAAGAGCCCUUAGAAUGUGGAUAUUUUUUUUCUCAAGAGAAACUGAUACACAUCCAUGCAGCCUCUGACAUUCUCUUUCUUUUGCAUCUAGUCAACUUUUAAUGGGCUGUUGUAGCAACUAGUUUGUGUCCAAAUAAUAUUUCUUUUGGUGUCCCAUAAAAUGGAAAUGAGAAAAGGGGCAAAGAGCCUAUUUGGCCAGUCUUCUUCAGUGACACCUCAGUCUAGGCCAGUUUUCUGAAGUUUCCUGUCUGGCCUCAGCCAGGGAGGGGAGAGUGAGUGGCCUGUCCUGCAGCAAUGGAACCAGCACAAGUGGAGACAAGCACCCAAGAAUCCAGCAAAGAAAUGCAUAUUAGGCUUAUUGCUUUUGUUUUCAUUGACUUCUACAUGCUGAUGUCUCAUGUAUGUAGUCUUAGACCUGUUUAAUAUCUGUAACUAUCAGCUACAAUACCAUGGUCACCGACUGCUAUAAGAUUUCGCCUCUGUUUUAACUACAGCAUAUUGGAUUGUAUGUGUCUAUGCGCCUCCAAUGGGGGGACUAGAGCCAGAAGGAAUGUCUUCUCUGCUCUGUUUCUUUUAUAUUUAUAACAAAAAUAUGGACACUUUCUAGUGAAUGCAUAAGUUAGUGUGCUUUUAUUAUUUUGCUUUAAAGGUCAAUUUUUACACGGCUGUGAUAAAAUCCUAGCAGACAGCAUCCUCCGGAUGGCACAACACAAUAAAGCCAACUUGCAGCUGCUGUUACUCUGGAGUCACGUGGGAGACACUGCCAUAUUUUAAAUCAACUCCAUCACAGGAACACUAUCAUGAUACGGAGACCUGUGACAGACACAUUAGAAUCCAAAGUCACCAUCAACCUGAUCAUAGAUUAUGGUUUCUCUUCAAGAGAACAUGAUUGUCUAGUAAAUAACACAUCUUAGGAUAAUCAGGACUCUUGGGCAAUUUGCUCCAAAAAAAAUUUCUUGAUUUUAUGUAAAAAUAAUAGGCUUUGUGUAAGUAAUUGGGAGCAACUCUUCCAAUUGGAGCACCCAAAAAGAAUUUAAUCAACUUAUUUUUUUAAUUACACAAAAGUUCUCUCUUGAAUGGUUGCCAUUUAUAAUUGUAAUAUGUCGGGCCUCUUAUACUUAAAAACCUCUUUUUAAAAAUUUUGUAGGCUCUAACAUUUUGAGGAAUUAAAUGUGAUGAUUCUUUCUUUCUCCUCUUAGAAGGACAGAGAGGUUAAGGUAGUAUUGAUGCUAUUUUUCUCGUGGUCUGUCUUAAUAAGCUGCAUAUUUCUAGUUAGUUGGGAUUUUACUCAGACACUUUCAAGGUUAUCCAAAUGCUUAACUUAUUGGAGGAUCUCAAUUUCUUGAAUAACAGAAAACCUUAUCCCAAGCUGCUCUUUGCACCAGUUUAUAAUGGGCUCCAAAAGGAGGCGAGUGGAGGCAAGUAUUUCCCCCCUUGAAUCAAGGAAACAGAAUAAAAGGGAAUCCUGAGACUUUUUAAUUGCAAGUAGACCUUCAAAUAGUCUUAUGAAUACCCUGAAUUGUCAAGCCUUGCUCAUUCUUUCAUAAAGCAUAUUAAAUGGAAGGGUAUGUUACAGAACAAAUUUUGAGAACAAUUUAACAUUUACUUAGGAGAGCACAUUUGAGGCCAAAAGUCAUUUUAUUUCAUCAAGACACCUUACCAUAGUGCGUUUCUUCUCCAUAAUUUCAAAUUGAAAAGGCAAAUGCUUACUAUUAUGGCUUGAAAUUAUUUCUGAUUUAACAAAAAAACAAACAACAACUUAUUUUCCAGGUUUUACUUUUGCACCUAACAAAUGCUAUCAGGUGGAAAUGUGUGUGCCUUCUGGCACUUCCUGAGAUAGCUGUGUUCCUUACGCCUCCUCUCAGCACUUCUCUUCCCCAAAAUGAUUAGCAAGAAAAACCAUCAAAGACAGCCCCAGUGUUAAAGUGUUCUCACCCUGUCCUUCUCACUCUUUCCUUCCCUUGCUUCUGCCACAAGAAACAAAGACUGAGGCCCAGCCUAUCUCUCACAUAUUAGCAAAGCUAAGGCGCUAGUGAUGUCAUCAGUUAAGACACACAAGAGAUCUGCUGACACAGUCUCUCCUGAGCAGUUACAGUAUGGCUAGCAGGCAGGACACACAAAGGUGGAUACAGGAGUAAGUAACUCCAUUAAUUGCUAAAUGAGUCCUAAAGUCUUAACCUUUUCUUGGAAUGACUCCCUUAACCAAGUUAAUCACAUCUGUGUAUGACAGACAUGAGCAGACUGUUAUGAGUGGGAAAUAAUUGCUCGUGUGAAGAAAAAGAAAGUAAUUCUUUGUUCCAGUUCUUCCCUUGGCAGUUUGGCAUGACACUGCUUCAAUAGUCAUGGUGUACCCAGACUUGCCCGAUCCUAUUCUGUUCGUCUCCAUUACUGUCUCAGCAUCUUAUAACCAGUGUAUCAUCCACCAAGCACAGACUAAUGGAAAGCCCUGUAAGCAAUAACAAUAUAUAAACCAAACAAAACCCAAGACACUGUACCAAAGGAAUAAGACACACUGGUGCAUACCUGUAAUCCCAGCAUUUGAAAGACUAGGGCAGGAGGAAAAUAAGUUCAAGGUCAGCAUGGGCUACAUAGCAAGUUCCAGCUAACCUUGAGCUGCCUAGUAAGACAAGUCUCAAAAAAGUUCUAAAUAAAUGAACGAAGCUUCAGAGAUCAUUGGUGGCUGACUGAGGCUUGUGCACACAUGAAACUUGCUCUGCAUUUAAACAAAUAUCUGUGUUUUUCAAGAAGCUAAAAAUGAAAGACUCCAAAUGAAUGCAAAAUUAGCAGCGCUUUAUAUUCCUAAAACAACGUAUUUGCUGGAUUUUAUAGAAGCUAAUUCAGGACAUCAAAAUCAUUUCAUGGCUGACUUUUCCCUGGGCCUUCUUCAUAUGGAAGAGUGUAUUCCCUCACUGAUGUUUACCUACCGUUCAAAAAUGGAGAGGUUUAUGAAUUUAUUUCAUUAAAGAUCUGGAAACAAGAGAUCAUGGGGCUUUAGUUAGAAAUCUCCCUAUUGCUUUGCAUCAGAUGAGAAAGCACCCCUCCCCAAAGGAGCAGGAGUUCAAAGGCAGCAGAAGCAGAAUCAGCAUGAGCAGUGAGUAGACUGAGUGGCUGGACAGCUUAGGAGAGCACCAGGCACAUCCUCUGAGCCAGGCCCAGACAAAGGCCUUGUACAGCAAAAAGCAUGGCAGAGAGAAGCCAAGAGGUACUGGCUCCAACUGUCCCAGGGUUAAGGUAGUGUUGGAAGACACACUAACUUCUACGGUAAGACCUGUUCUUUUUGAUCUCUCCAUUGGUUUUCUCUCCUCUCCUUGCUGCACCCUUCUCUUCAGGGGGGAAUGUUAACAGUCCUUUUACAUCUCAUGCUUAUAAACAAUGUCUGCUUUGAACUCUUUUUUUUUUUCUUUUUCUGUGAUUUCAAGCACUUAAAAAAAAAAAAAGGAGAGAAAUAUUUAACCACGUUGAGUUUGACUUAUUCAACCAAUAGUAGUUUCUGAAGUGCUCUUCCUAGUGAGCCACCUGAUCCUGAAGUAAGUGAGGAAAAGCAACCACUCAUCUCACUCAUUUGUGGCUAACAACAAAGGGUAUCUUUUUUAGAUAAUGUCUCAGUGAGUGUGACCCAGAGAGCUAGCUGAUAGAUUUCAACAUGUACAUAGGCAUGGAGACGCACAUCUAUAAUCCCAGCGUUGAUAGCCAAGAAAUCAGGAAUUCAAAGCCAGCCUCAGCUACAUGUGGGUUCAAAGCCAGCCUGGGCAACAAUGAGACUCCAUCUCAAGAGGACAAGCAAAAAGAAUCUCAGGCCAUCAAGAUGCCUCCGCAGGUAAAAGCACUUGUCAUGCAAACCUGACCAUGUAAACUGAACCCAUGGAGCCUACCUAUAGUGGAAGGAAAGAACUGACUCCCAAGAGUAAUCCUCUGAUCCCUACACACACACACACACACACACACACACACACACACACACACACACACACACCAUAAGUAAAAAUUAGAAUGAAUCCCCACCCUUUCUCCAUCCUAGACUUGCUAUGUUACCCUGGCCAUGCCCUGGAAUUUCUGCCCAUCCUUCUCUAGUGUUUAAAUAUGGCUACUUUACCUACUUCAAAAGACAGUUAUGAGCACAAUGGAAUCUUGACUGUGGAACACUUUGAAGCCCAAAUAUACAGUCCAAAGUUAAAGGAACCUCAAAAAGACUGAGUUGGCUUGUGGCUACAAGCUGUAUUUAAGAGGCACUAUGCAAACAAUGUAGCUGUGCACACAAACAUGGAGACUUAUAGGGUAUUGCUGAACCACUGCUGAAUUUUGAAUCAGAGAGACCUCCAGGGAGCUAGGCUGACAACAUAGGGAAGCAGAACCCAAUGAAAACCUAGAGAAACUGGAAAUUUAAUUGUAAAUCUCUGAAUCCUCAUGUGGGCCUGAAUUUUGGCUCACAGUAUACACAAGGAAAAAAAAGGUAUUUUCAUGUAGCCUGGAGGCCCUGUGCCUCUACAGUACAGUCACUCUCCAUAGUAAUGCCAGAAACUUUCAAGACAGUUUCUUUUACCACAGUGUUUUUAUUUUUCUCUCUCUCUCAUUUAAAAUAGUCUAUAAAAUCACUAUCAAUAAAACAGAGAAGUGACGUCCAAAAGCUGAGUAAAGACUGAACAAAGGUAAUAAAGAUAGAAAUGGGCACACAUGUGUUCACAUCCAUUCCCUGUGCACACGUUUCUGUCCCAGAUGGAAAUAGGCUGUGAGAACACAUCUGCUAAGACAGUUGGCCCCAUUUCUCAGGCUCGGAUGACUUACAGUAUGGGUGCUGGCUUCUGAGAUGGCUGUAAAGGUGUAGCAGUUCCUCCCGAGGAGGCCAACAAACUGUUCUGGAUGUUGCCAAUCCUCAGUUUUGCUUUGUCAGGUUCUUUUCGGUCUUUAAGCCCAUGGUGACUGUCAAGGUUAAGGCUGAGGAAAGCUGUGCUAAGUAUUCUUCCUGGGAGUCAGUGAGGACUCCGUCCCUGUGAAACAACAUGAAAUCUCACUCUCUAAAAGCAACAGCAUGUAAACUAGAAUGAAAGAAGGAAAUUAUGUAUGUAUGCCUAUUAUUCUUUUGUGAAUGUCCUUCAUUUACCUAAAGUUAUAUUAGAAACAGAUUGAUAAAUAAAAGAUUCAAAAUAGUUUUAAUUAUCCUAAAA